AUGCGAGAUCAGCGUUACGAACAGAGCGAUCAAAAUCUGAAUUUAUCCCAACGUAUUCGUGGGGAUUCGAACGACCUGAUCGCGGAAACUAAUGCGUUGACCAAUAAAAAUAUGAACGCGGUGACGCAUCGUUUGAAAGAACGACUGAAAGAUACGAAUUUUUGGAAAACCGAAUUGGAACGUGAAAUCACAGAUGUGCUGGCUGUGACAGAGAAAGUGCUCCUUAGAAAACGGGAACUACAAAAUGCUUUGAUUGCAGUGGACGAGACAAUGCACAUAUGUACGGACAAUUUGAAUGCUCGUCGAAGGCAUAGCGGGGAAGAUUUGCAACAAGACGAUGUAGAACGUGAGCUAAUCAAAGUGAGUGCUUUUCAACGGAUAGUAGCAUAA